AACAGACUGGCGACGAAGAUGGGAUCCGAAUUCCACUGGGCUACAAGACACCAUUAGCGGCGGUUCCGAAGCGCUGCGAAGAUACAGGCAGGAUGGCGACGUUGGGAAGGUUCGAUCAGUUCAUCGAGGACGGUGACGAAGAUUUUCAGUCCUACGUGGAGCGGUUCGACCACUUCCUGAAGGCCUCCCAGGUGAGCGACGACCUGAAGGUGUCAGUGUUCAUAACGGCAAUAGGAAAGAAGGCCUAUAAAACUCUGAAAACGUUGCUGGAGCCAGAAAAGCCAGAAAACAAGACGUACGCACAGUUAGUACAGACACUGAAAGAGCAGUACGUUCCCAAAACUUCCGUGAUUGCCGAGGGUUUCAAAUUCAAUCGUUGUUUCCAACAAGAUGGGCAAGCGGUGACAGCCUUCGCUGUAGAGCUGAAGCGGUUGGCGACAUCCUGUGAUUUCGGAACGUUUCUGGACGACGCUCUGCGCGACCGGUUUGUGGCAGGACUUUGUGACAAAGAAACACAAGCAGAGCUGCUAAAGACAAGCAAGCUGGCUUUUAAAGAGGCCUGCGAUAUCGCUAGGAGUAUCGAGUUGGCCCGGAAAGAAAGCCAGGAUUUUCAGCCCAAGUCGGCGCAAGGAAUGAUCAGCGCCCUUAACCGCAAAACAGAUAGCGGGAAACGCCCACCACGCUGGAGAGAAGAAACUUCGGGGAUGCCUGCUGGCACCAGGGGGGCGGAACCACUGCACUGUUUCCGAUGCGGCUCAGAGCAUGAGGCAUCUAUCUGCAAAUUUCGCAAGUACCGUUGUCGGGUGUGUAAACGGGUUGGACACUUAGGGAAGAUGUGUAGGGACAGAGGCAGUUAUGGAUGA